AGAAGAGAAAGGUACACUAUACCUCCCCGCAGACAAGACCCUGAAGUGGAAUCAACCCAGCAGUUUUCCGAAUCUUCAUCUCAGGCUCGGAACGAAAGUCAACAAGUCCAUCACCCUGACGCAUCGCAUAUGAGUGCGACUAAUUGCCACCUUCUUUAGCGUGGUGCUAAUCUCUGAUACGUAGACUCUCCUGCACAAGCAUCUAUGCCUCCAGAGAAUCGAAUGACGAUCGCUCUGCUCCUCGAACGACCGAGAUUGAAAUACAAGUUGCCCAAGAACUGCCUUAGCUUAGAGAACCCUCGAUUAAGCGACCCGGCUUCACUGUGGUGUAGAUACUAUUCGUUCUACACCGGAAGGAUCCCCCUUCCCAGAGGAAUCCGGCCCACAGCUCGUGGGUUACCAAGAUACAAUGAUGUGGUAGGAUGGCGAGCUUUCGUAUGUUUCCGUCCACCGACAGGGAUACACCUCGAAGAUUCGGCCGCUUCGCCCCACGUUCUGUUUCUGGAGGCUCUUAUGACUCUGUUCUCAUCGGCCGGUGCAUAUCUCGCUAUCUGUAAGCGGCUCAAUCUGAAGUGCAACGAAACUGGAGUGCUAUCGGGAUAUAAAGGACCGUUUAUGGUUGAUAAUCAGGAAGAGAUGGUUGAAGAGGUAGCAAAGCAUCUCAACAACUGUGGUGUUACCGUCCUGUUUGCCGAGCAGUAUAUAUUACCUUUCAUGACGGAGCUGAAGAGGCAGCGAAAUAUUGUUGAGAAUUAGGUAGAUUUCGUUCUGGAAGUAGUACAUUUUUAUUGAACAUCUUGAAAUGCAUCCGUGUCA